UGGCAGCGAGAAGUGGAGAGAGAGGAACAACUGGAGACUGUCGGACAGAGCAGUGGAGGAAGAACACACCUGGAGUUCAGAAACAUACAAAAAGAAAGCAAAAAAUUAAAACAUAAGUGAACCAGCGGCAGUCUUUAAUCUGCCAUCCACUAUGUUAGUGCGGUCUCCUUCAGAGAGAAGAGCCCUUCUAGGGUUUUCAGCCCUGCUCACACACAGCACUCCAAGGCAAAGAAAUGUUACCUCCCCACCUCCCCUAUCCUUCACCCCACGGGAGUCCAUUUUUACGCCCAUACGUCUUCCAUCACUACCUCCCUGGGGGACUCAGGCCCUCUCCAUCCUAGAGCGAGGAGAACAAGAACUGCAGAGCCUCAGGGAGCAGCAGCAGGCCGAAAUAGAUGAGGUGAAUCGGGAGUUGGACAGUGCUGCAAUCAAAGCUCAGAGAGAGGAGCGGCGGCUUCUUGAGAAGGUAGAGCGGGAACACAGAGACACCCAGCGCCAGCUUAGUCAAGUGAGGAGGGAGAAUGCUGCAGCGGCAAGAGUUGUACAGUCACUUAUUGACCAGCAACUUCGAAAAAUUGGACAGCUGAAGGAGCAGAUACAAAGGUGGAGCAGUACCGCUGGUGUAUCCAACAAAAAACAACUCCAAAGAGGAGUGGCAGAGGUUACCCAGCCAUGGGAGAUCUCUUUUACAAUGAAAAGGGUCAGUUUCCAAAUAUGCCCCGGGUCCAAAACCUUGAGCUUUGGGGAAAUUGAUGUUCGAGAGCAAAGUAUGACAUACCCAAUUGGUGUCUGUGGUGUAGAAGGACAAAGGUGUGCCUUGCACUCAGGGGAUGAAGCUUUUUCAAACAUUACCCCUCAAGACAUUCGAAAGGAAACACAACCAAACAGAGGUGGGUAUAGGUACAGUCCAGAAGACUGCAACAAGGCAAACAGUGGCAACAUGCGUGUUAUUCGUAAACUACGUCUGUCAAGUUCAACAGAGAACAAGGAUGAUCCCAAAUCACCCCCCUUAAAGGCCCUCGUACCAAGACAUCGGGGGGUAUCUGAGUCAUCCCAAGACGAAGAAGUGGAGUCUAUGUGUUCAGACACACAGGGGAAAGACCUUUUCCUUGUUAUCCCACCAGUCUCCAUUCAAGGGAAAUCUGAAGAUGAUGCAUAUGAAGGAAGGCAAAAUGAAACAAGGAGGCACUUCACACUGAAGAGUAAGAGGGACCAAAAGACCCUUGUCUUGGUCUCUUGUGAGGAACCCUCCUGCUCUCCUGAAGAAACUGAUGCAACAAGCAAUUGUGCAAUAACAUCACCAAAAACUAGGCGCAAAAGUUCCCUCUCCAGGCACAGUCUUGAAGAUCUUUCCACAAGACAUCAUCCACUUUCUAGACACACCCUACCAAAGAGAAAUACCUCAAAUGAAUUCUCAACGGACAGCCGAAGCCUCCCUUCCCCGGUGGACAAUGACGAUUCCUGUUACACCUAUACUGUGAAUACUCCAGUCAAUGGAUCCCUCAAGCAACAGCACUACCGCUCAAUGUCCACCACGGAACUCUCAGGCAAACUUUGUUCGUUAAUUAGCACUGACAAUGAUGAGAGUAGAGGGAUUAGGAAGGUUAGCAGAAUGCGUCUUGCCUCUGAUCCUUUAGCUCUUGAACAAGGUAAUGUCACAGAAUCUGAUGGUAACAAACUGAGCUCUGAUGAGCGACAAUCAAGAUCCCCAAUUUGUUAUAGGCAGGAUUUAAAUUUAAACCGGGUGAGCAGAUCUCUUUCCAUGUCAGCCAUUGAAGGAGACAAAUUACACCAAGGCAAGGAAUCGCAGCAAUACAACAAGGACAAGAAAGAAAAAGUAAUGUCAGCUUUUGGGCAAAUGGCGGAGAAGGAGGGUUCAACUGCGUUGGACUCUGCUUUUCUGGUCAAACAGUUUGGAAAACAAGGAUCAGGUCGCAGUGACUUCAACCUACCAAGUGGCGUCCAUGCAACUGUCAAAGGGCAGCUAUUUGUAGUGGACUGUGGAAACGCCCGCAUUCAGGUGACUGAUCUCCAGAGGAAUGUUGUGCAGCAGGUGUCUCCGACUGGAUCCGAAAGGUCUUCCUGCAUCUGCAACUACUUCGACGUGGCUGUGAAUUCAAAAGGUCUCAUUGCCCUGACAUGUGCCGCUGAAAGAGCUGUGCUCGUGUUCAACCGCCAUGGACGCCUUCUGCAGACGUUUGGAGGCACAUCGAUCGGUUCCACCACUGAAGAGCUGGAAGCUCCCAGAGGGUUGACUGUUAUACGUGAAGAGGAGUUUUUGGUUGCUGACAUCAAGCGUGGCACCCUAACUUCCCUCAAGCUGGACCCUAAAACCGGAGCAAGAUUGGAGCGCACAGUGGUCACCGGGUACCACAGACCCUACCUAGUGGCAGCCUGUCUCACGACGGGGCUGAUGGCAGUAUCUGAAAGAGGCAACGAGACGGGACGUGUUCCUUGCAUUCGGGUCCUGGACCCCGGCUGGAACACUCUCCGAAUCCUAGGGGUGUGUUCUGGCUUAGGGCCUGUUUUGACCUGCCCUUGGGGUCUCUGCAUUGAUAAUGAUGGGGACGUCCUGGUGGCAGAUUGGGGUAAGCAGCACUACCGAGUUCUUCUCUACCCACCCAAAGGUGUUGGCUGGCCCAUUGUGAAUGACAGCCUGAGGAGCCCAAGAGGCCUGGCGCUGCUCCCGAACGGCCACAUGGCUGUGUCAGACAGCAUGAAUCAUUGCAUCAAGAUCUACCGCUACAAGUGAACCACUGACAACAUGUGUAAUGUCCAGACGAAUUGUUUUAACAAUAGGAGAGCGGUUGAAUUUGUAAUAGCGGGUAUUAUAUCCUUUGAAUUUAUAGCCUGUGCCUCCUACCUGCUUUAUUUUGUCAAAGACCAUUGAUGAGAUAUUAGUGGGGAUACUGUUUCAUUAUUCAAAUGAGUAGAUGUAGGGGAAUUAGUAGACAUUAUUGAAUUAAUUAGUUUAUUUUAUGUAUGAUAUUCAAUGAAAUUUUGGGAGUUAUGUUAAAAUAGCAAAACAUUUUACUGAUAAUUGAUCAAAUUUAAGAAUUGUAAUCUAUAACUGUAAUCAUUUCAUGUUUGGGAGGGACUUUUGAGUUUUGUACUUCACUGAAAUGAAUUAAACUUUGAUUUAAAUCUCAGUUUGAAAUAUUCUGUUGUUGAAUGGGAUCAAGUACACAUAACUGGUACCAUGUUUGUCCAAAGUGGGUGUAUUACGAGAACGAUCUGUCACCAAACACGAUAAGAGGAUUUCUCGGACAUCUAUCAAGGUGGUAACCUUUUAA